GGCCUUGCAAUACGGCGACAUGUCACCAGAUGGUGCCCGAGGCCGCGGCUCUGAAGGGCAGGGCCUGGACCCGGUGGAGUCCUGCCGGCGCCCUGGUCCGGUCCCGUCCCUGCCACUCCAGCACACGUGACCUUCGCCGCCCGCUGCUAAUCCGCGUCAUGGCCCAGCGCGUACCGCGGCUGUCUGUUCCCGCCGCGCUGGCUCUGGGCUCGGCCGCGCUGGGCGCCGCCUUCGCCGCCGGGCUCCUGCUAGGGAAACGGUGGCCGCUUUGGGGGUCCGGGCGACAACAGCGACUGCUGCCCCCCGAAGACCAUCCCCUGUGGCAGUAUCUGCUGAGCCGCUCCAUGCGCGAGCACCCGGCGCUGCGGACCCUGCGCCUGCUGACACUGGAGCAGCCGCAGGGGGACUCCAUGAUGACCUGUGAACAGGCCCAGCUUCUGGCCAACCUGGCGCGGCUCAUCAAGGCCAAGAAAGCUCUGGACCUGGGUACUUUCACGGGCUACUCGGCCCUGGCGCUAGCCUUGGCUCUUCCCGACGCUGGCCGCGUGGUUACCUGCGAGGUGAACGCGGAGCCCCCGGAGCUGGGGCGGCCCCUGUGGAGGCAGGCGGAGGUGGAGCAGAAGAUCGACCUUCGGCUGCAGCCCGCCUUGCAGACUUUGGAUGAGCUUCUGGCGGCGGGCGAGGCCGGAACCUUCGACGUAGCGGUGGUGGACGCGGACAAGGAGAACUGCGCUGCCUACUACGAGCGCUGUCUGCAGCUGCUGCGCCCCGGAGGCGUGCUCGCGGUGCUCAGAGUCCUGUGGGGCGGAGAGGUGCUGCAGCAUCAGCCUAGGAACAAGGCUGCUGAGUGCGUGAGGAACCUGAACGAACGCAUCCUGCGGGACGCCAGGGUCUACAUCAGCCUCCUGCCCCUGGAUGAUGGGCUCUCCUUGGCCUUCAAGAUCUAGGGUUAAUCCCAAUCUUAGGGCGUGGGUGAAAGAACCUGAGAAUCCCCGACAGCGACCCGAGUUCUUAAAGCUGACAAUAAAGGGACUGGGAAACACGA